AUGGUGGAAUCAGUGAUUCGCAAACUGGGUUUGGCUAAAUGUAAGGAUACAAUUAUUGGGAACCAUUUUAUUCGAGGAAUUCUAGGUGGUGAAAGAAAGAGAGUAAGCGUAGCACAUGAAAAGCUAAUAAACCCUAGUUUGUUAAUUCUUGACGAGUCGACGUCGGGAUUGAAUUCCACGGUGGCGUUCCGGCUAAUGAUGACACUGGGUUCACUGGCGGAGAAGGGGAAAACGAUAGUUGCCUCAGUGCGUCAGCUAUUGAGCCAAGUUUACCAAUCGUUUGACUCGAUAGUGGUUUUGUGUAUAUAUUUUGGUAAAGGCAAUGAUGCCAUGAAUUAUUUUAAAUCUGUUGGUUUCUGCCCUAGUUUUUCGCUGCUGGAGGAGCCAAGGACUGCCAUGAUUUUAACAGUGAUGAAAAUGGAGGAAAAAUGA